AUGCCGUCCGUCGUCCCGCCGCAGCAGACGCUCGCCGAAGCCUUCAACAAGGUCGAGCUCUCCGAGUGGCUCUACAUGCUCGUGCCGCUCAUGCUUUUCGCGCACUUUACGAUGCUCAUUUUGACGGUCAUCAACCCCAAGCGUGCCCAUACGUUCACGGUCGGCUGGUUUGUGCUCUCGGGCUACAUCCACAGCUACCUCGAGCUCUCGUUCACGUUCUUCCGCGACAACCAGUACUUUGGCGGCGCCAUGGACCUCUACUCGGCCUCGGACUACCGCUACGGCUACCCGAUGGAAGAAGGCACGGCGGCCAUGGAGACCAUCACGGCGCUGCUCGACGGUCCAUUGUGCCUCUUGGCUGCGUACGCCUUUGUCACCAACAAGAGCUACUACCACCCGGUCGCCUUGAUUGUGAGCAUCAUGCAGCUGUACGGCUUGACGUGGUUCUGCCUCCACCCGCUCUUCUCGGAGCACUCGCACGUCUCGUCGGACCCGGGUCUCUUCUGGGUCAUCUGCGUCGGCAUGAACAUGCCGUGGAGCAUCUUCCCCAGCAUCCUCGCGUACACGUCGUUCAACGAGAUUGUUGCGCAGUUUGAACGCAACGCCAAGCCCGCCAUUGAAGCCGAGGCCAAGAAGGCCAAGAAGGCGUAA